GUGUUGCUUCUUGCUUGCUGGAAAAAUCGGAUUAUUGUUGAAAGUUGCCUUCAUACUUAUUCAUGUUAUAUGCUGUAAAAUAUAACAGUCUUGUUGUGGGCAAUGUGUGUUAUGGAAGUUUUUUUUGGUAUAAAAUAGAAGUUCAAGACUUGGAACUAAACCAAUUGUUCAUUUUGAAACUACAGAAGUUGCCUGUGUGCUUGGUGGAGUGACUGAAAGGAGGCACAAUGAAGAGAUGAUGACGCUUGCCCUGAGGAAAUCAGUUAGUGACCUUUCUCCAACAAGGCAAGUUGUCACCACAUCGUCUUUAUGACACUCAAGAAAAGUAUCAGAGGCUUAGCUACAACUCCUAUGAGGUAAAGGCAGAAUGGGCCAGUGCACCAGUGGGGAGCUUCCUCCGCCCACCACUGAUGGAGUUGACGCACAGCUAACUCAGCAAGCAGAGCACAACACUAAUGGCUCGCCAGAAGAGUCCCCGAUCAAGAAGACUGCCAGCACCAAGUCCUCGCGGCGAAGCUCGUGGUCUGCUAAAUUUGGCAAAAAGACCAAGGGAAAAGACUUAUCCGCAGCAUUUAAUUUAUAUGAUUAUGACUAUAAGAAAAACUUACUGAAUAUAAACACUGCCGCUGAAGAAGAAUUAAUGAUCCUUCCUGGAGUGACGAGAUGUGUGGCCAGAAACAUAGUCGAGUACCGAACAGCGAUUGGAGGAUUUCGACGUGUGGAAGACCUCGCCCUCGUGUCUGGUGUGGGUGCCGUCCGCCUCCAGUCCUUCAGGUGUGACAUCACCGUGAAGAGGCGCUCAUCAAGUCGUUCAUCAUCCAGAACACAAAGCAUAGAUUCUCUUCCAAGCUGUGAAUCAGGACGGUCACAGAGGUCACAGCAGUCCCAGGGUGGCCGCAGCUUCCAUGGGUCACCACUCCGAGCCAUUAAUGUCAAUACUGCAUCCAUCUUUGAUUUGAUGAACAUUCGUGGCAUGAAUCAGGAACUGGCGGCCAACAUUGUGGAGUACAGGGAAAGAAAAGGUCCUUUCAAGAGAAUUGACGAACUGAUAAAAGUCAAAGGAGUCUCAGGUCGUGUUCUCAGCACCCUGAAGAUGUACCUUACGGUCAACAAUGUUCCUCCGGCCUCUCCUCCUGUUAACGAUGCAAUCUCAGUAGCAAGCUGUAGUAAAGUGUCCCCACGUAAUCUUAAUGGCAGGUUGGCUGGUCACCGAAGGACGUGCUCCGCCCCGCUUAACAACAGUGGAGAGUGCAUUGAGCCACCAUCUCUGGACUUAAGGGGAGUGUCCCCAAAAGUUUCGGUUGACUUCAGUGCAGACAUAUUUGAACUCCUAUCCUUAAGAUCUGAGCGCCCGGUUGUAAGAGAUGUAUUUAUUGGGAAAUAUCAAGGCCAGCCAGCCAUCAGAGUUGCUUCUUGGAACCUACAGCAGUUAACAAGGGAAAAGAUUUCCAACCCUGGUGUUUUAGAAGUUGUUUGUCGCACCAUCCUGGAAAACGGGUUCAGUUUUGUUGCCAUUCAAGAAGUUGUCAGCAAAGAUGUUCUCGAAAAGAUAUGUUGUGAACUGAAUCACAGCAGCCUGCGUCGUGUUCGGGAAUGGACUGGAGCCAAGGGAGAGUGGAGGUGGCAGGUUUCAGAAGAAACUGUUGGUAACAUGUCACAGGGGCCUGAGUAUGCAGCCUUCAUAUACAAUGUGGAGCACGGCCUCCAGCUGCUGUCUGCGUCCCUCCUCAGCAUCCAGAGCAACAAUGGCAGCUCUUUCUCUACAAAACCUUACCUGGGUUACUUCAAGGUCCAAGACUUUGAAUUUGUUGUGAUAAAUCUUCAUAUAAAUGGAAGAAGGCUAGCUCAGACCAUUGGGCCGGACAUCCAGGUUAACUCCAGAGAGAUUGAGGACGGCAGCCCAAGUCACAAGGUGUCCCAGCUGGCCCCUCUUGUGGCUGCCCUCAGGGAAAGGCUUGUUACUGAAAGGAACAUCAUUCUCCUGGGAGACUUUGGCAUGAAUUCUGAUGAUGAUGCCUUUGAUAUAUUGCGAGAAAACUCCUACACCAACGUAGUUCCACCAGAUACCGUUACAAGUGUGUCUAGUGACUCACUUUGUUAUGACAACAUUUGGCUCAAUCCAUGUAUCAAUGCCUUAAAUACAGGACACUGGGGGAUAGUUAAUGAAGGUCUGAGUCAUCUGGCCAUCCCCUUGGGCUGGGGCUGGGGAGGAACAGUAAGUGACCACUGCCCACUCUAUUGUGAUCUCUACUGCCUCAAUGUGUGCCCGGCUUACCAAUAUGAAGAUGGAGGAGAGGCCUAGUGCAAACAUGUAAGCUAUAGCAGUUUUUUUCUUUACAUUUCCACUUCCAGUGUAAUAAUUUUUCUGGCAGUUACCUUGGAAACCAAAGAACUUAUGUCAUAAGAAUGGAGAUGUAGAAAUAUGAAUUAUUUAGAAAUUAUUCACUUAUGUAGAUAUUAUUUUGUCUGCUAUAGACAUAAGUCUAUGCAGCCAAAUUUUGCUAUGCAGGGAUUUAAUUUCUGGCCUAACAACUUUUACACCUAGAUUGAGUGAACUUAAAUAGAUUAGGGGAUGGCAUUAAGAAGCUUAACUUGCACUAAAAGACAGAAUGAACUGCUGUUGACUCUUGAAACAAGUCCAAUUUCAAUCAUUUGAACAGAAAUUUUAGAUAUGCAUUUCCUUGUGUAGGAGAUAUUUCAAACUACUACUUGGAGAAACAAGAGAGAGAGUCACACUCUGGCAUGCUGAGGAUAAAAAGCAGAGAAACAGUCACUCAUUCCGAGUCUUUCAGACUUACAAGUGCCGUUCUACGUUUAGUUUGAGUGGACUAUCAUCUUGAUUCUUGUCAUGCUGAGCAUUGGUGUUUAGUAACUUUUAUUAGUAUUAUGCCUAGAUUGUCUAAAAACAGGGUAAGUAUAAAAAGUCAUUGCCAGUCAAAGUUAUUUGUACUAAUUUACAUGAAAAACAUAAUUGAAAAGGAACAGCAGAGCAAAGUGCAACUGUAUCAAUGACUAAUUAUUUUUUUUCCAGUUGGUACUUUUAAUGUUGAGUAAUAAGAUUUAAAAGUGUCAUCAGAGUGAUAAGCUUCUGCUCCAGACUUUUUGCUGCAGCUUCAAGCUUUAAUGUUUUGGCCUAAGACUAAAUUUUAUUAGUUUUAAAGAUUUAUAUAAAAGUAUAGAUGAGUAUAAGGAGUGCUUCCUAAAUAAUGUAUACUUAAAUACAUAAUAAAUAAUAGUAUUAAUACCUAGUAAAAAUUCCAAUGAAAAUAGUAAUAUUGAUAUAAUAACAGCAAUAAUUUAUUUUUAAUAUUACUAUUUUUUAAAUGUUGUAUUUUUUCAAAGUUUAUGAUUAUUAUCAGAAUUAGAAUGACGAAUGUUAUUAGCAUAUUUAUUAUUAUUAUUAUUAUUAUUAUUAUCAUUAUUAUUAUUAUUGUCGCUAUUGAAAGUUAUUGUUAUUAUAUUAUUAUUAUUGCUGGUAAAUGGCAAGGGAAACAUGGGCAGCUAGCCAAGUAGGUUAUUCCUCAUAAGGUUCAUCCUCAAGGCCUUCCUCAGAGGACUGUAACCCUCUUGAGAAAGCCAUUGUGGGCAAAACUUAUCAGGACCAAACUACUCGAACCUAUCUGCCCUUUUUUUCCUCUCCACUUACCUUCACUUGUCACAAAAUCUGCAUAGUAUUAUUUUUAUUUAUAUUAUACAUUAUUUUCAUGACUAGUAUUUACAUUAUUUUUAUCAACAUAAUUUUUGUCAUUAAAACAAUCGUCAUCAUUCUGUGUCACUGUGCUGCAUUUAUAGUCCUUGCCGGGGCCUGCGCAGGAGUGAGGCUCGUUUCAGUGUUAGGUUGUCCCUUCUCAGACUUGGGUGUUCUGUCUUCUAACUCUUAUCCUAUUGUAAUUUUUUUUAACUCAGGCCACCCUACCUUUUUAUCCUAUGUUUAUAGUGAAUUUUGAUGAUGAUGAUGAUGAAUUAUUUUUAUUAGUAAACAUGUGAGGUUGUUUCUUUCUUGGGCUGCUAAUUUAUAUAUUAUCAGUUCACAAGGCCAGAACAAGUUGAUAGUCUAUAUAUUAAGACAUCACAUAUGCACAUUUCAUAGAUGCUCACGCUGCAUAUUGUAUUGUGUUCUAAAAUUUGCCUGUGAUAUGUAAUGCUGAGUCCAGUAGCAGUUUACCUAGAAAAAAAAAUAGCCUGUGCCUUCAGAAUUUGUAGUGCAGCACAGUAACUCAUGUGUGUAUGCAAGUUGUGAUAUGUUUACAGCUUGGGAGGAAAGGAGUAGCUGAGAACUAUCAUUUUGCAACUUAGGGUGUAGGUCUUUUUUUUUUUAAGACAGUAAAAAGGGAGAAUAUCUGUUCAUCAAGUUCAGGGCUCUGAGAACACCACACUGAAAUGAAAAUUGUGAAGUUUCUCCUCAAGUACCUUUUACAGUAGUGUGUAGAAAUGGCUGGUUGUAAUGUUUUUGGUAGUACUGAGGACAGUUGAUGACACUAGAGGUGCAUUUACUAUUAGACUUUCCACACAUUUAUUCUUUCACUCUUACCACAAGUUGAAAUUCUUCUGCUGUGCUGCAUGCCAUUUACCUGACUAGUGACUAAUCAGUAUUGCAUUUGUGCUUCAUGAAGGCAAUAUAUUUGGCCAAACAUUCAUGAAAUAAAUUAAGUAUUUAUUUCUUAAAUUCAUUAAAAUAAUUAGUAUUACAUGUUACCAUUUUAUUUUUUACUUAUGUGUUUUCAUUUGAAGUUAAUUAAUAGAAUUUUUGGGGGGUGGAUUCUUUUCUCAUAAAUGGAGAGAGAGGAAGGAUUGUUUUGAGCAGGAGAAACAUGCCCAAACGGAAGCAUUUUGUGGUCUUAAACACAAUACUUGUACAUGAUGUCACUCAACUAUUUCAUUAGAGGUUAGUAGUUAUCCAAAUUUAUCAUAUAAUACAAUAAUAGUUACAUAAGUGCACUAAACAUCAUGUCAGGUAUAACAUGGUUAUGUUAUUUAUUUGACCCUUACCUUCCUUUCCUGGGCCUAGUUGUCCACCCUAGUACGUAUAUCAAUUGUGGGAUUGAAUUGCUUUACAAAGUGAAAGUGUUCUUUACAGUUCAUAGAGGUGUGUUUAGUGUUCCUUUACCAGUCGUUGUGAUCUGAAUGAGUUAUUUUGGGGUAAUUUUGUAUACCCAAAUAAUCUGCAUUCUAGCCCUUGCAUUGUCUUUGUAUCACUGUUUACAGCUUAGCAAGAUUUUAUUUGUGUACUUAAUUGUCCUGAGGAAUAUUCUACUUACUUAUAUUAAGACACAGCUGAAUAAUGUUACCUUGUUUGUGUAAAUAAUAGUUUAAACUGAUGUGUGCAUAUAAAGAUGCAUGUAUCAGAUUCUGGUGCCUUGAUUGUAGGGAGCGUUCCGUUCACAAUAGUGUGUUCAUAUUUUGUUGUCUUUAAAGAAUAUAAAGAAAGAUUAACUGCCAGAUAACAAUAAAAUGUACUGGUUGUUAGUUUGUCAACCACUGGCCUAAAUAUAUUAUAUUGCUCAAGAACUUGAAUCUGACUUAUGUAUAUGACAAUACCUAGACCAUAAUGUUGUGCAGGAGGUAAAGGUAAAUUUUUACUGAGAGGCACCAUGAGUAUGAUCACAUGCUCUGUGGUCUGUGCAGCUUGUGAUAUUUGGUGCUUCAUUUUAGUUGCAGUAUAAAUCAUGUGCAACACUAGCCUUAGGGAUGUACAAACUUUCCUAUGUUUCUAAAGAUAUUCUGCUUUUAGGGUUGUGUACAUACUGUAAUAUAAUUUGUUAACCAAGAAGUAUUUUAUAGAGCAAGCAAAUUUUGCUAGCUACAAAUGUUAGCUUUCAGCAUCACUCCAGUACAUCUCACAGAUUGAAUGAGACUGAGCAAAAAGAAAUAAUGUCAAGAGUUUACUAAAUAAAACUCUUCAACCCCAAAAUA